AUGGCGAGGAUGGGCAGCACGGAUUCGGACUCGGAGUUUGCCAAGUACUGGGUGGAGUGGUUUAUGUCGCUGGAGGGCAAUGAGUACUACUGCGAUGUGGAUGAGGACUACAUUCUGGACCGGUUCAACCUGACAGGGCUGAAUUUCGAGGUGCCGCACUACCAGAAGGCGCUGGAGCUGAUCACGGACCGGCUGCCGGAUAAGCCCAUGUCUGACGACCUGCGGGACCAGGUGGAGCGGUCGGCAAAGCACCUGUACGGGCUCAUCCAUGCACGCUACAUCAUCACGGCGCGCGGGCUGGUGAAGAUGCUGGACAAGUACAAGCGCGGCGACUUUGGGCGGUGCCCGCGCGUGUACUGCCAGGGCAACCAGCUGCUGCCGGUGGGCGUAACUGACAUUCCGAACCAAAAGGCGGUCAAGCUGUACUGCUGCCGGUGCGAGGACGUGUAUAACCCAAAGUCGCGUCGCCACAACAUGAUUGAUGGGGCACAUUUCGGCACCAGCUUCCCGCACAUGCUGUUCCAGGUGUACCCGUCGCUGAAGCCUGCGCCCAGCGACCAGCGGUAUGUGCCGAGAAUCUUUGGGUUCAAGCUGCACAACAUUGCUGAGCUGCACAGGUGGCAGGACGAGCAGCGCGAGCAGCAGAAGCAGCGGCUCACUGCCGACAAGAAGUAG